GCUCCUGGGGACCGUUCGGCUACUCAGGUUUCUGGGCCUGAGCCACGGUGGGGCAGCUGCUUUGCGCGUGGACUUCAAAGUCAGGACCUGGCCUGUCCUUUGUGGUAGGGUCACGUUCCAAGCCGGGUCACCGAAAGACGGAUCCCGCGAGGCCUCUACAGCGAUGUUCUGCCUCUGUCCCGCAGCCGAGCCUCUGCACAUCCCGCAGGCAGCAAGGCAGUGAGCCCCGAUGCGCAGGGGAGAGUGACAGGGGUCACCCAGCAGAGCUCGCGGAAAUGGGAGGCGCCUUCCGUGCGCACCCUGUGGGGCUGCUCCGGGAGAGGGCCGCCAGAAGGGCGCAGUGUCUCGGAACGCGAGGACAGCGGGGCCAGCUGGCGUAGCCAGGAGGGCCGCUGUGGCCGUUGCCGGGUGACCCGCCGCUGUUUACCGUGGGGCGGAGCGGAGCGCCAGGCUCGCUGCACUCGCGCACCCACCAUGGCCUCCCGCAGCGCGGGCACCCUACUGACCGAGUUCAAUGCCGCCUACGUGCCCCCUGGCCUCAUGCCCGGGUACCAAGGCCACGUCCCCACUGUGGCUUUCUCCUUUGGCGCUCCGUACGGCACCACCACCCUCAAGUACUUCCAGGACCACCGCAACACAGCCAUGGAGAAGAGCCACACUCCUUUCAGCCAAGGCGGCCACUUCCCCACCAUCUUCUCCACCAACCCCAACCUCCUGCUGAUGGAGCGCGCCAGCACCCGGGACCGCUGGCUGCACAAGCCCAGCUACACUCGCUUCAACCUGGACAGCCACCGAUCCACAGAGCUCACGAACUUCUACCAGGCAGUCCAGCAGCAUCGGAAGUACUAUCAAGACAAGACGGGCACGGUGCCUCGAGUCCCCUACUUUGUGCUGCCCGUGAGGGAGCUGGAACACUACCCCCUCCCCACUGUCCUGCCUCCUCUGUGCCCGAAGAAGAAGUGGCACCUUUUGAGAGUAGCCCCCGAGAGCCUGAAGACCUAUCAGACCUUUCCGUCAGGGAAGAGGGUCUCCCCGCAAGAGCGGAAGAGGAGAGACUGCUACUUUGAGUUCAGAGCAUGAGACCAGGUUCCUGAUGCCUGGGAUCCUGGGUGGAGACCAGCCUGGCUUCCCUGGAAUAAAACCUUUAGCCGUGAC